GGAGGAGGCCCAGAGCGGCCCGGCGCCUGCGAAGCACAGGGGUGGGCAUCGGUUCGAGGCUCUGCCCAAAGGGCGAUCCCGGCCGACCCGAGUGCUCUCUCCUAGCCCGUCUGACCCAGCUCCUGUUGUCUGCCUGGAGGAGGGGCUUAGGCUGAGCGGAGAGGGGAUCUCAAAGCGCCUUCUGUGGACUGUCUAUAGUGGUUAGUCAAGAGCUGAAAAUCUGAAGACAUGAUGGGAAGAGAAGAGAACUAAACCAGCCCUGCUCAGCAAUGCAAGAGGCGUGAUGGAGGUUGAAUCCUCGUACACAGACUUCAUCUCCUGUGACAGAACCGGCCGGAGAAAUGCUGUCCCUGACAUCCAGGACGACUCGGCAGCUGUGAGCAUGAGGACGCUGACGGGGAACAUGGGGGAGCUGGCACUCGGAGGAGCAGAAGGGCAGGCAGAGAUAAGCGCAUCAGACAAGGAAGCUGGUACCAGGCCUGAGGGGAGUGAGGGGACUACCACAUCCUGAGAGCUGCCCCUGUCCCGUUCUCUUUGUCCAGUGGCUGAAGGAAGAAGCAAGCAGCCUGGGCUUCCCAAGAGGCAAACUUGGCAGCAUUCUCCCCGAGGACCACUUCCCUCCUCCUACAGUAACCCUUCUGGGCACAAUGAAGCCGUGUGGACCUUCCCAGACUUCCCUUUUCCUCUAGUCCACACCCCUUCACCACCACCACCCCCCCCACACACAGAGGAAGCCUGUGCUCAGGGCAGGUUUGCCCUGCUAUGGGGACCUCAGACUGAGGCUAGCCUCCAGAGGUGCCUUAAAGAGCCCUACCCCAACCUAGGGAAACCCUGUGGUUUUGCCUACUGUGGACCUUCCCUUUUUCCAGGCCCAUCUAGUCUACUGUAUUUGGUAAUUCAAAACAUUAUUUAUUUGGUUUGCACCUGUGGGGUGGGAAUGGGGAGGUACCAUCUGCUCCUUUCCUCUGGAGGACAGAUAGAAGCCAGGUCCCCUCCCACUUCCUCUUAGGGGAGACAUCAUCCGUGGCCUCAUCCCUCACACCAACCCACUUAAUCCACUUCAUUAAAUUUCCUGAGUGCCUCCUCUGAAGGAAGCAAAAAAGAUGAAUAAAACCUGUUUGCUGACCUUAGGGAGCACCCUAUCCUCAUGGCUGCUGAAUGCUUCAUCUGUGACCCUCAGGAUCAAGAGAGAGAUCCUUCCCAACCCAUCUGAAUUAGUUCCUUUUUACUCUUUUUAAACUUUUGACUUUAAAUAUUAUCUACCUUGGGGGGGAGGCAGGUAAGGAGUUGGGGAAAAGACAGUGGAGAUCUGCUUUUUAUUUCCAUGGAGAGGGGGUGGUGAGGAAGCAUUGGCGGGGGGGAUUUUAGUCUAAACUCUUUGACCUGUGUAGCUCAGAGAGAAUGAUUCCUGACCUUUUCCCAACCCAUUCUUAAGGGAAUCAUUUUGUUUCCCAAUUUUACUAAGUUGUGUCUCCUUUCUACAAAGAUACUUGAUGCCUACCACUUGGAAAAUAAAUUCAGAUCUUUUGUGUGA